AUGGCUUCUUCCAUACAUGAAAAGAACCCAAUGGACGACAACGGAAUAGCCGGCAUACCAGCCGCAGCAGCAGCAAAUUGGUAUGGCAACGGAAAGAAUAAUGGCACAGACCUGCAGCGUCCCCGAAGGCUUUCCUUCAACGGAUCCGAUAUGGAGCUUUCCGACUUGAAGAGCGAUUCCAAUGGGGAGCAGAGAGCACUGUCGGAAGAGGAAAAAAAUGCCAUCGAUACGAAACAAACGCUAGUACUGUUGGCUGUCGCCACAACGCUUGCGGUUUCCAUCAAAUAUCUACUUCCGCCCUUCGAGUUAGCAUCGUAUCGAUCGGUUGGAUCGAGAGUUGCCGUAGUGGCCGAGAAUGUGUGGCAAGACUUCUUAGACCGCUGUACCCGACUGAGGCCACCAACGUUUUCUUGGAACUCGUGGAAAAUGGAAACUAUUCGGCAGCAAAUCGCAACCGCAUCCCACACACUGUAUGCAAUCGCUUUUGGACUGUUGCUUUCCUCCUUUACCUGGUACAUUAUCUAUCUGGACAGCAGCAUUCCAGGGGUGAAUCCUCCGACUCCCUUUUCCGCAUCCAAGAAACGCUAUCGUGGUGGACCAUCCUCCAGCAAAGAACGCCGCUUCCACCUACCCUACAUAAUGGCCCUGUUGAGCGGUGUGGUUGGAUUUUUGCUUGUCCUUUUCAUCAAUGAAUAAGU